GGAUCAGUUUUGCGCGAAAUACGGUUACGAAAGGUUGCUGACGACAAAGAGCCGGCGUCUAAGCAAACAUUUUCCAAUCUUUCUUUGUGUUUCUGUCUGUAUAUGAGUGUCUGUUUGCUGGUGUUUCGUGCGUUUGAGAACUUUUUGCUGCAUACUUGCGGGCGAAUACCAUUAGAUUGUGAAAGAAAGUAAUAUCGGCUAAGCUAACUGAGAACUGACCUAAGUCAAGGCACUUAGCGUGUUUCUAAUCAUGUAACUGACCUAUCACAAACAUGUGUAUGGAAGGACUACAUGGAAAUACCGAACACAAUUAAGAAACAUUUUCAUAUUGUUAGGCGUUUCAAAACGAAGUUUUACAAAAAAUAAAUUAAAUUUUACGCAACAAUUUAAACUUCUUUCGAAGUUAGUUCGAAGACACGAGGCUGGGUUCACAAUUUAAAACAAAAUUGUCGUAAAUUUAAGUAAUUAAAGUAAAAGCCGCAUAGAGAAGCGUAGAACUCUUUAUUAUCAUCACAAAAAAACAAAAAGUAUAUUAGUCGAACUAGUCAAACUUAUAAUCAUAGUGCGCAUAAUUAUAACUAUUCCCUUAAGAAUAUCAUUUGAAUUUCAAGUAAAUUGUAUAAAAAAGAACCAAAGCUGUUCUAGAAUUUUUUCUACAUAGCCAUUCGAAAUGACGCAAAGUUUUUGAAUCGCUCGCUUAACUGAUUAUGGUUGUGAAAAUAUACGAAGAGAGAGGAAAACAGAAAAACUCGAAUGGAAAGAUUUUACAUCAGUAACCAUUUAUGCUUCCCUAACAAUUGUAACAACUGAACUAUGCUGUAGAUCAAUAAUUACUCUUGCACUACACAAAUUAAUGUAAAUGAAUAUUUUCAUAUCAAUACCUUAUUAGAAAAACUUAACUUAUUUUGACAACAGUUCGUGGUGUAUGCAAUAUUUGUAUUAAAAGUGUGUAAACUAAGAAAACAAAUUAAUGUGUAAAUGGCGCGCCUCUUAAAUAACCCGAAAUUUGAUUGAGUCGUAAAGUGUUAAAAGAAGUGCAAAAUAUGUUGAUUUUAAAUUGAUUGGAAAUUCUAAAGCAUAUAUAUUGAAAAAAGAUAGCGCUAAUGAUCUUAUUGAACAUUGAACUGCUUUAAGCAAACUUCAAUUUAUCUUUAUGCGCAUAUCACUAAUUUGAAAUGAUGAGUUAUCAGAAGGGCCUGAAAGAUCCGAAUUUGGAUAGGCAUACCACUAAAGGAAAAUCACGCCAUUUUACGGUGAACGGUCUGAGCGCUAAUAACACGCUUCAGCAGCAACAGUAUAACCUGCAACAGCAGCAGCAGCUGCAGCCAGCGACUGACACACGCAACAUCUACAACAAUCCCUACAACCCACAGCCACAACAGCAACAACAACAACAACAUCAACAACCACAACAACAACAACAACAACUACAACAGCAACAACGCACCGCACACCUAUUUAAAGCGCUGGCUGCCACUGCUGCUGUGAGCGGUAACAAUAGCUUGAACCAUCCGUAUGACUUCUCUAACUCAUCCUCAUCGUCGAAUGCCAACAACGAGCAGCAAGGAUCAUCAUCUUCAGAAGCAGAUAAUGCGUUUUUAACUCAUAAUAACGGUGAGUUAUCAGUUACAUAUAUUACACAUAUAGAUAUAUCCUUGAACCCUUUAAGCGCAAUCAUAGAAAUCAAAGCUGUCAAUUAUAAGCACCUUCACGGGAGAGAUAAGUUUAAGCCAGGGCUACAAACGCAACGAAGAAAAUUGCCCCUGAUUCGACUGAUUUGGCUUAGCAACUAGUUUGGUUUAAGGUUCGGAUAUAAGUGAACAAAUGAAAUUCCGACUUUUAGCUGCUUUAGUUAAAACCCCGUCUGCAGACUUGGCAACACGAUUUAAUUUGAUUAGGGUACUAACAGUUUCCUGUCUGCUAUUUUAUGAUGCAUCUUUGACGUUAACUCCCUAGUUACAAAUUGAAUUGAAGCUGGAGCAAUUAAAAGGAAAACUUCCGAGCCUUAAGUAAUAUUUCCACUCUUGCAUAAUUUUUACCUCUGCUGGCACAACAAAUCAAAAAACUUGCUCACCUGCCUGUUUGGCUGGCAGUUUGCCAUAAUUUGCACGCAAUUUGCAUUUCAAGUGGCCAAUCCCCCAGACCCCCCGAUCUACGUUCCGGAUCCUGCAGGAAGCUCCUCUCAAUGCUCAAGUUGGCCACUAGCCUUUCCUUAACUUGCGACUGCCUUCUAAUUACAGCACAAAAAUGUACUUAUGGCUCAGCCUCAACCCAAUUCUCAGUCCCAGCUCCAGAUCCAGGCUGGCAAACUUGGCACCCAACGUGGCAGCAGCGGCAGCGUGAAAUUAAUGUGAGAGCUCAUAAUUUGUUAAGGGAAGCGUAUAGAAGACAGAGAGUCUCUCGAUGAGGGUAUGGGAAAGUUUGUUUAGCUGCAAAAAAAAACAGCUACAAAUUACAGGGUAAAACGCUUGGCAAAGGUGUGGCAAAUUAUGGCUAAGAUUUAUGUGGGUGCUGCACCUUGUUAUGGCCGAGCAUAAUAAUGGAGGGCAUGCUGAGCAUGAAAUAGUUAAACUAACUGCUUUAUUUGAUUCUAUUUCAACGUGGAACUGCAAUAUUGUAAAUAUUAACAUGGGGUCACUUGUGAUCCAAAUCAGAUUUUGACUUCCUUAAACGGAAGAUUCUCCCAUUGGGCUAGGGAAAGCUGGAAAUCUCAUAUUCAAGUCGCCCGUAAGCAAAGCCAGUUUAAUGUGCGUGGCCUGACUAAAGUUUCAUUGGGCUUUCUCCUGUUUGGAUGCAUUAUCAACAAAUCAUUGGAAGGCCGCCCGUUUGGGGCAGCUAUAAAAUGUGGCAAAGUGCAAUUGCCGCACAGGACAAUGCCAGGCGGGCAAAGAUGCCGCCAGUUAUGCAAUAAAAAUCAUUAAAAAAUAUAAAUAUGAAAGCGGCAAGCUAACAAGGCGCUUGGACCCACAUCGCCCUGCCUUCGAUGUUGAUGAAGCCAUGGAAAAAAUUGAAAAUCCUUGCCAAGCAACGCGUCGGGUAACAAGAAACUAAACGAGCACCCAGCGCCAUAAACUUAAAUCACGAUUAAAAGUGUGAUUAUCCUUGUGGCGCUACAAAUCGCCGCUGCAGCUGACAGAGCACAGGGCAGGCCAGACGUCGGCCACUAGACUGGGACAACAGCGUCCUGGCUGCUAGCUUGUUGUAGCUUGUUUGUUGUUGCAGUUGUCUGAUUUUAUAUCUUUAUAACCAGGCGCGGCU